AUGUUUACUAAGGCCGCCGCCGCUCUCGCCCUUGUGGCUGUCGCUUUAGCUGCUCCUUCACAGCCCUCUUACGACUACUCUCCUCCAGCAACUUAUGACUCUCCAGCUAAGUACAGCUUCAACUACGCUGUCAAGGACGACUACUCCGGAAACGACUUCGGUCACCAGGAAGCACGCGAUGGAUACAACACUCAGGGUUCCUACUUCGUUCUGCUUCCCGAUGGUCGUCUGCAGAGGGUCACCUACACUGUCAACAGCGACUCUGGCUACGUGGCUGAGGUCAGCUACGAGGGUGAAGCCCAGUACCCCGAGUACCAUCCUACUCCCGCCUACAAGCCUGCUUCUGCUUACAAGCCUGCCCCUGCUUACAAGCCUGCCCUUGCUUACAAGCCCGCCCCUGCCUACGAACCCGCCCCUACUUACGCCUAA